AUGGAAUGGUUACCAAGAGGAUUACCCAGCAUUCAUGCACCUAUACCGAUUUGUGUACCACCAAAAACUGGACAAAAGCGUCCAGCUACAAGUCCAGCACCUCUUAUACCAUCUCCACAUCAUUUACAAUCUUCUGGAACGGCAAAUAGCGGAACUACUGCUAGUAACGUUGUAUCACAAGCAGCUUCUAAUUUACUUAAUCACGGUUUACCUACAAAUCACAUGGGUGCACAAUCACCAUCUUUAACACAACAUCAAGUUCAUCAACAGGCAGUUGCUGCCGCUGCUGCUGCUGCUCAAGUGCAACAACAAUUAGCUGGUGUUUCUGCAAAUCUUAACCCAAAUGCUUCAGGCGGACGCGGUUCUUUCGCAGCAGCGCUACGAAACUUAGCCAAACAAGCCGAUAUUAAAGAAGAUGAAGACGGUGUAGUAAGAGAACGUAAUGAACGAACUUCAUCAGCCGGUGGCGUACAACCAUCAGUAGGAGUUCCAAAUACAAAUACUAUUGUUACAAAUUCUAAUCAAUCUCGAUCAACAAUUUCGAAUGAUCGCCUAUCAUCAUCAGUAGUAUCAGCAGCUGCAAUUGAUGAUCGUUCAAUAGCGAAGAAACGUUCUGCUCCAUCACCGCAGCCACCAGAGAAAAUUGCUAGAUUAAAUCCACCACAAGCUGCAUCUAUACAGCCGGAACUAUUAGCCCGUAGUGGUUUUCAGCCUUAUCGAUCGGACGAACGUCUUUUGCAUCCAGCUGGUGCUUUUCCUUUAGAAGCAUAUUCUCCUUUUGGUGCAUUUCCCGGUAUGCCGCCAGGUGCAUUUCUUAAUCCUGCGAGUUUACCAUACUCUGAGCAAUUGUAUUUGGACCAGCGAUAUCAAAUGUUACGUGCAGCCGGAGCACAUCAUUCUCAUCCACACGCUUUGUACCCUCAAAUAGCUCCGUCCUAUGCUUCACAUCUGUAUUCUAUGAUACCAGGUGCAACUUUAGGUUUAGGACCUGCGUUGCAUGAACGUUUAAAAUUAGAAGAAGAACAUCGUGCGCGUAUAGCACGUGAAGAGGAGCGUGAACGUGAAAUGCAACGCGAAAAAGAAAGAGAAUUAAGAGAACAACGAGAAAGAGAACAACGUGAAAAAGAGCAAAGAGAAAGGGAACAACGUGAAAAGGAGCAACGUGAAAAGGAACAAAAGGAAAAGGAGGCACGUGAAAGAGAGAUGAGGGAAAAAGAACGUGAGGCAAGAGAAAGAGAGCGACAACAAUUACUUACUGCUUCACAUCAUUAUUCAAAUACUCUUUAUUCACCAUUAAAUCGAAAUUUACUUGGAUCUAUGAUACCGCACCUAAAUCUGGGACUCCGAGCUCCGCCGGGCGGAAUACAUUCUUUGCCAGCAAUAUCGCCCUAUCAUGCAGCUACUCAACGUCAAAGCCCACAUAAUCCUAUGGGACUUAAUUUAGGUUUAAGCGGUUUAGCUGGAGUUCCAUCCCUAUCGCAUGGACCACCAAAUCUACCACAUCAUUUACAACAAGCUGCAUUAGGACUAGCACAUCCAGCUGCUGCUGGUUUAACUCAUCCAGGUUUUUCUGCUGCUGCUCUGGGAUUAACACAUCAUAGCCUCAGUUUAGGUCAUCCACAUAUAUCACCACACCAUCCAGUAAUUACGUCGGCCCACCAAAUGCCGUCUCAUUCUUCGGCAGUAUCGCAUACAUCUACCGCAACUACAUCUCCACAUAACAGCGUAAAUAUAAGUGCAAGUUCAGCACUUCCUCUUAAAUUAUCAGAAUCAAAUAGUAUAACUUCACUGGCACCAUCUAUAACUACUUCUUCGAGCGCUGCACAACAAUCUUCGUCUCACAUUCCAUCAAUGAACAAUGCGCUUUACUAUGCCCACCCUAGUCAUCAUUUGGCUGCUAUGCAUGCUGCAAGCGCGUUAACACCAACUGCUGCACAUCAACAUAGCCCAGCGCCGUUAUCGUUAUCGCUAAAUCAAGUACAUUCACAUACUUCUUCGCCGACAGUAUUAGUGCAUUCUAAAUGA